AUGAACGGAGAGGAAGGGAAGGGGAACGGGCGUUACCCCGCGCCGGUGAAGCUUGCACGAGAAAUUCUUGACACCGUAACACUCCUGCAGAGUCGUCAAAAUAUGUGGAACGAGGAGAUGCACCGUUUUUUCGCGACGGAGAAGCAACAGCAAGAUGAAUCAGACAGUUUAACGCAGCGUGUGCAAUCAGCUGAAGCUGCUUCACGGGAGGAUGGAGCAUUUAACGAUUGGAUGUCGCGUCGCGCUGAGCAGGGUGUUGGGAAGGACAUAUUACAGGAUUGGUACCAUACCGAAGCUUUGGUUAGCAAGACACCCUUCAUGGCCAUUACCCCGUGUCCACGAGGCCUUUCGUCUGGUGGACGUGCAGAGAUGGUGAAGGCGGUGGAUGCAUUGGAGCUGCCGCGUUUCCUCGUUCAGACGGUACCGCUGCAUCUACCACUUUCGAAACUGUCACCCACUUUUGUAUCGUCAGCUUUCCACGUUCCCGAGGGGGAGCGGAACUCCAAGUCAUCCCUUGGGGCGCUUUCAUACAUUGGUGUUCCUUGCACUUAUGGGUGGGACGUCCUGCAUCUUAUGAAUGACCAUCCCAUGUUGGCUGCCGCGGUUGACCGAACACCAUGCUUAUUUUUUAACGAUUAUGUUCCGCGGGCCAAGUUGUGCAUUCACUGUGCCAUCGUUGGUGGUUUCUGUGUGGCGGCAGAGGUUGCCUGUGACGUGCAGGUAGCCGCAACAUUACGUCUACAUGAGAGUGAUACAAGCGAACGGAACGCAAAGUCGCUCAUUAGCGCCCUCUCUUUCGCAUUGAAUACCUUCGUUAAGGAUCAUCUUGUUUCCACAUUGACAGGCCGCUCAUUCCGAGCGCUGAUCAUUGGAACAGAGCAUACCAUCCAACACCGCGAUUUAACGGCGAGGGAGGAGCAUUUAUUUCCGAACAAUGUGUCUUUCUUCUUACUUAACCUUGACAGCGUAGACGGAAGUGAAUUUGAGUGUUUUACACAGGAGGAGAUACUUAGCAGCGCCCGAAACGCGGCAAAAUGUCGGGUUGAGAAUAUUCCUUUCGACCCCAUCAUGCGUUUCCUCCGUCCCCCCAACUGA